GUGCUCUUCAGAUCUGACGAAAAGCCAAGAUGAGCAGCAAAGUGUCUCGUGAUACUCUCUAUGAAGCAGUACGGGAAGUCCUUCAGGGAAGUCAGACAAAGCCACGCAAGUUCUUGGAAACUGUGGAGUUGCAGAUCAGUUUGAAAAAUUAUGACCCACAGAAAGACAAGCGUUUCUCUGGCACUGUCAGGCUCAAGUCUGCUCCACGGCCUAAAUUCUCAAUUUGUGUACUGGGGGAUCAGCAACACUGUGAUGAGGCCAAAGCAGUUGACAUGCCUCAUAUGGACAUAGAGGCUCUGAAGAAACUCAAUAAGAAUAAAAAACUAGUGAAAAAACUGGCAAAGAAGUAUGAUGCCUUCUUGGCCUCGGAGUCCUUAAUUAAACAGAUUCCUCGAAUCCUUGGUCCUGGCCUGAACAAAGCUGGCAAGUUCCCUUCUCUUCUUACGCAUAAUGAGAAUAUGGUGGCCAAAGCUGAUGAAGUCAAGUCCACUAUCAAGUUUCAAAUGAAAAAGGUGCUCUGUCUGGCUGUGGCUGUUGGUCAUGUGAAAAUGGCAGAAGAUGAAUUAGUUUACAACAUUCACUUGGCUAUCAAUUUCCUAGUGUCAUUGCUCAAGAAAAACUGGCAAAAUGUGCGUGCGUUGUAUAUCAAGAGUACCAUGGGAAAACCACAGAGACUUUACUAAUAAUAAAAAGCAAUCUGCUUGUUUUAAAGAA